AAUAGAUUGAUAAGAGCUGUAUUAGACAGCUCCCUUUACCAAGUUUCAGCGGUUAAAGUUAAUAUUGUACCGUAUAGGACAGAAUCAUAAUUCAUAUUUCAAGUGUUGGAGCAGAUUGGGCCAAGCAACAUCGAAGUUUUCAGACAAGAUAUUAGGAGAUGUAUCAUCACCACCAACAAGGAAAAAACAUCCACUCUUCCUCAAGAAUGCCUAUUCCUCCUGAAAGACAUCUGUUCCUGCAAGGUGGGAAUGGCCCUGGAGAUUCGGGACUUGUUCUUUCAACUGAUGCUAAGCCAAGACUAAAGUGGACUCCAGACCUUCAUGAGCGAUUCAUAGAAGCAGUUAAUCAACUUGGAGGAGCAGACAAAGCAACUCCAAAAUCAGUUCUGAAACUAAUGGGAAUUCAAGGCCUAACCUUGUAUCAUUUAAAGAGUCAUCUACAGAAAUAUAGACUGAGCAAGAAUCUCCAUGGGCAAGCUAAUUGUGGAACCAAUAAAGCCGCAGCAGGAGAUAGGAUACCUGAGACAAAUGCAGCAAGCAUAAUUAACCCAAGCAUUGGAUCUCAGGCGAAUAAAAACUUACACAUAGGCGAAGCAAUACAGAUGCAAAUUGAAGUGCAGAGAAGGCUGCAUGAACAACUUGAGGUUCAACGACACUUACAGCUCAGGAUAGAGGCUCAAGGAAAAUAUUUACAGGCGGUGCUGGAGAAAGCACAGGAAACACUUGGCAGACAAAACUUGGGAUCCGUGGGUUUAGAGGCUGCCAAGGUUCAAUUAUCUGAACUCGUCAGUAAAAUGUCCGACCAGUGCCUGAAUUCAGCAUUUUCAGAUAUGAAAGAACUGCCUGGAUCAUGCCCCCAGCAAACUCAAACGCCCCAGCCAACAGAUUGCUCGAUGGACAGCUGCUUGACCUCAUGUGAAGGUUCCCUGAGGGAUCAAGAGAUGCACAACAAUCAAAUGAUGUUAAGACCGUUAAAUCUGAGAACAGAUAUGGAGUUCAAUAACAUGAACAAUGAGGCCAGCCUGCAGCAUGCUGAACGUAGAUGGUGCGACGACCUGAUGAAAGAGAAGAGGAAGCUUGUUUCAACGAUGAACGAGGAAGCGGAAAAGGCAUGUGCUGCUGAGAAAAACAUUGGCAACUUGUCCAUGAGCAUUGGGCUUCAAGGAGGAAGAUGGAACAGCCACCACAGCUACUUAGAGAAAAGAGGCAGAGAGGCAGAAACCGAAAUCAAAUUCUUUGAUCAACCUCACAAUAGAUAUGGUCCCAUUCCACCCGAAACUCAGAGGCCUUCAGAAGAGUAUAAACUGCCCUUCUUUGCACCUAAGCUCGAUCUAAACACAGAUGACGGUGCAGAUGCAGGUUCGAGGUGCAAGCAGUUCGACUUAAAUGGUUUCAGCUGGAGUUGAGAGGCCCAAAUUUCAUGGAGAAAAGGAUUUGUUGGAGUGGCGCUCUGAUUUUUGAUUAUACCAGAUCGAGAGCAUAGAGUUCAAGCUGGCCUGGCUUAGGAAAUGUAUGUUGUAUGCAUGUGAAACAAGCAAAAGCUUCAAUAUAUGCCAAGAAAUUGAUAGCAAAAUCAGAUCUCUGCAUCCGUUACAUGACUUCUUAAUCUAUCUAUUACUUGAUCAACGGCUCACAAUUAUCAUCGGCGCGAACGUAGAAUGGCGUCUUGAUGGAGCUGCAAUUUUUUUUUUCUGCCUCUUCUUCCCGUACUUCGGCAUUACUGUACGGCUUAAAGCACAAAAGGUUUGGCAA